AUGGCCUCCAAGCAGCACGUCCUCUCCCUAUACCGCCGCUCCCUCAAGUUGGCCCUCGAUUGGGCUGUCCACCGAUAUGUCUGGCGCGGCCAGGCGCUGUACAUCAGAGGGCUGUUCGAGGCCAACAAGCACGUCACCCAGCCCAGACAGCAAAGAGAACUCCUAGAGCAGACCGAAGCGCUUCUUGAGAAGUGGAAGCACCCAGACCCAUACAGACCACCAACGGCACCGGGUGGCAGCAAGUACGAGCGCAACCUCCCUUGUCCGCACUUGGAUCCACCUCCACACAUGCAUCUGUAG